GUGGCGAUGCUACUCUAUUAUUUUGCGAGCGCCGUUAAGUCGAUACAGUUCCAUGUGGACGAUGAUAUCAUCGACAAGCUCAACUAUUACUAUACGACAGCCAUUAUUACUGUGUUUGCCAUCCUCGUCUCAGCUAAGCAGUAUGUUGGAUUUCCGAUACAGUGUUGGGUACCAGCCACAUUCACCGAGCCUAUGGAACAGUACACGGAGAACUACUGCUGGGUGCAAAACACGUACUUUUUGCCUCUACACGAUUACAUACCGCACAACUAUGCGGAACGAGAAAAUCGACAAAUCGGGUAUUAUCAAUGGGUACCAUUUGUGUUAGCCUUGGAGGCGUUGUUAUUUUAUGUACCAACGAUCGUUUGGAGGUUGCUGAGUUGGCAGUCAGGAAUUCACGUUCAAUCACUAGUCCAGAUGGCAUGCGAUUCACGAUUACUAGAUUUGGAAUCACGAAAUCGUGCACUACAGACUAUUGCGACUAACGUUGAAGAAGCGUUGCAUGUUAAACAUCAAGUGAUGAGCGGAAAUCGUCUGAAAUUACUAAAUCUCAUAAUUUGUACGCGUUCAUCCGGUGCUGCCGUCACAUUCCUUUACAUCUCUGUGAAAAUCCUCUAUACUGUUAAUAUUGUUGGACAAAUAUUCCUUUUGAACACGUUCCUAGGUAAUCGAAGCAAAUGGUAUGGACUACAGGUGCUGAACGAUCUGAUGAACGGACGUGAAUGGGAAGAAUCUGGUCACUUUCCCCGUGUCACACUAUGUGACUUUGAAGUUAAAGUAUUAGGAAAUGUUCAUCGCCACACUGUCCAGUGUGUCUUGAUGAUUAAUAUGUUCAACGAAAAAAUAUUCCUUUUUCUUUGGUUCUGGUAUUUUUUGCUGGCAGGUGCUACCGUUUGUUCUUUAUUUUACUGGAUCUAUAUCUCAGUGGUGCCAAGCAGGCAACUCAACUUCGUGGGAAAGUACCUCACUGGAAUUGAAGGCUACAAGAUGGUUGACUCACAGUCAUUGCGGAGAUUUGUCUUCCAUUUUCUGCGACAGGACGGCGUAUUUUUACUACGAAUGGUAGCAACACAUGCCGGCGAGCUACCAUGUUAUGAGCUUGCGAAAACAUUGUGGAACAAUUACUGUGAUAACAAAGAAGGCAAGAUGCAUGACGUCUGA